CAACUUCAAGAAAAAUCAAACAUUUUAUAAAAGAAUGUUAUUUAAAGAAGGCCCUCCUUAGACUUGCCUAGAAGCCAUAUCUCUGGUUUCUUCAAACAUUUAAUAAGAUCAUCCAAAGAUAAUCUUCCAAAACCAUACACUAUGCUUCCUGACAUAAACUGAUUUCCACUAUCUGCGCUCAGUAUAAAACAUACUUCAGGUUAUGCUUACUGAAUGUGAACUGUUUGUAAUCGCUUGGACUUCAGAGCAAUCACCCCAAGCAGUGCUGAACAAAAUGAUUUAUAUGCAGUAAUCACCACAACAGCAAAGCACACGAUGAAGAGAACUGAGUAAAUGAAUAAUAAGAUUACGAAAAGAAAGAGCUGGGAAUGAUAUGCCAUCUUUGCACAAAGAAUACCUGACACUGGUGCCCCCGUCUGUAAAUCUGCAGUGCGUGUUUGGGGGUUCAUGCCCCUCUGUAUGGCAGAAUAAGAUGGUUAUGUCUCAGGGCACAUACACUUUUCUUAGUUGUUUCGCUGGUUUCUGGCUUAUCUGGGGACUCAUAGUACUUCUGUGUUGCCUGUGCAGUUUCCUAAGACGCCGCAUGAAGAGACGUAGAGAGGAGAGGCUGCGGGAGCAGAGCCUGCGCUCUGUACACAUCGAACCACUACAGUACGAGGAGUAUGUCAGCAGCCCCCGCAUCCCUGUGGCACAUCGGAUUCGGGCACAACAGGCAGCCCAGCCACCACCACAACAGCCAGCAGCAGCACAAGCUCGACCAUGGUCUGCUACCCGUAGGAAUGAACCAGACUUGUCUCAGCCACCUUGCUAUGAAGAGGCUCUACUCAUGGCUGAACCCCCACCACCGUACAGUGAGGUCCUUACUGAUACUCGAGGCAUCUACAGGAAAAUUCUCAGUCCUUUUCUGUCUGUUCAGGAUGAGCUUGUGAAACCAGAGCAACCCCUGAGCCAUAAACAACAUCUCACAGGACAACAAAAUACUCAACCACUUCCUGGCGCCCUAAGCUCACAGAUUCCACCCAAUCCACCUCAAGAAGCACCAAGCCGAAGACGGCCAUCUUGGUCAGGUUCUGAAAUUGGAAGUGGGGUACUGCCUGGAUUGCCAAGGGGCUGCCAACUGAUAUUCCCAAUCCCCCUGCUGGGCAGGACUACAGCCGUUUAAACCAGUAUGGAAGUUGCUGUGGGUCCAAAGAGCCUGAGGAAGUUGGAGCUUGGUCUGUGAACCUGAUAAAAUGAUCAUGUUCUUAACAUUGCAUUCAUAAUGACAUUGCAGCCAUUUGGUUAUCUGAACACGACUAUACAAUGUGGGCCAUAUCUGUGUAUCUCUGAAAGUUAGGAUGGGAGGGACCGCAGUACUCUUGGACAGAUAUAUAAACUUGUAUAACUCACCGACAAAUGCUGAUGUGUGCAGUCAGAGCGGAUCUGCUUCUGACAACAUCUAUCCUCUGCUUGCCAGAGACACUGACAGACUACAGGCUCACUUUAUAUAUUUACAUUUUCAGUUGCACUUCCUGUUUGUGGGAUUAAAGUUUGGCAGUCAUGACGUGUAUGUGAACUGCCAGCUAGGUGAUGGUGUCCAUUUCUGUAUGUUGUACAUACUGAGAGGAUCCUGUUCUCUGUAUUAAGAUAUUCAAUACAAUUAAUCUGAAAGGGCUUCACAUUGAACAUUUUGGAACACUUUCAAGUUGUGUUAUGGUGAAUGAUAAAAUGUUUUCUCAUAUACCAAGCUAACACUGUGGAAGCUGAAGUCAUCUGUGCAGUGAUACAUGACUACUUCAUUGUACUCUGAAUGGAAAUUUGAUCUGUCAUUUUUAUCAGCAUUACCAUGAAUACGUUUC